ACGUCUGCAGGCUUUAUCUUUGUCAUUUGCAAAUGCGUUAAUGAAUUUUAAUACACACAACAUUGUGAUAAGAAGCUGUAUAUAAGAUGGUAGGCAACCGCUCCAAGAUCACAUCAAGUAACUGUGCCAUUGCAUGUCUCACCAUGCAGCCGAAAAUAAUAAAAGUGAGCGACGCUUCAGCGACCAUGGAAUUCGAAGGCGAAUCGCCGAUUGUGACUGAAGAGGAGGUGCUGAGUAUUCUGUCGAAAAAACUCUCCCGGGACUUCGAUAUGGUCAAGUACAAUCUCCGCCCAUUAAACUCAACCAACGGCUUCCUCGGACUCUACUACGAACUCACCGCACUGGUGAAAAUCGACGAAGCAGCCACAGAGCACAAGUUUUUCUUGAAAACUCAGCCGUUGAAGCACAGCCCCCAGUACGAAUUCCUAGUCGAGGCGAACCAUUUCCAGAAGGAAUUGACGAUGUACGGGAAGAUUAUUCCACGCAUGAAAACCGGAAAGAAUCAGGCCAGCUGGUCGGCCGAGUGUUACUUAGCGAGGGACGAUCUCAUAGUUAUGGACGACCUCUCGGCCCUUCAAUACGCGAUGCCUGACAAGUACGCGCCCUUCGAUUACAACCACUGCGCGGUCCUCCUUCAAACCUUGGCCCGAUUGCACUCGGGCUUCUUUGUGAUCGAGGAUAAGCUCAAGUCGGAGGGCAAGACCUUGUUCGAGGUCUACGGGCAUGUUUUGGAUGAGCCACUCUUCAACGGCUCCGAUAUAUCGAGGAGAUACAGAGCCUCGUGCGUCCUGGGAACGAGAUCCUUGAUCGACCUUCUGCGCGACGAGCUGACCGAAGAGCAAAGGGCCGAAUUCAAGGAACGCGUCGAGCCGUGGUGCGAUAACUUCCCGGCAAUCCUGAGCCCUUCGACGAAGUACAGGAACGUAAUUUGCCACCGCGACCUCUGGGCCAACAACAUGAUGCUCAAGUACGACGAGUCGGGAAAUCCGCAACACUGUUGCUUGAUAGACUUGCAAUUCGCUCGGUACGGUACACCGGCAAUCGACUGCGUGAUUUCUCUACACUUGAUCACCGACCGAGAAACGAGAGACAAACACGGAGAAUCGUUGUUGAGAGUAUACCAUCGAACCUUUGAGGAGGAGUUGAGGAACGCCGGACUUGAUGCCCGGGACUGUCUUGAGUGGUCGACGUUUUUGAAGAGUUGCGAAGAAACGAAGCCAACCGCUCUCGUCUACGCUAUUCUUAACCAACCUGUAACAAUGCUGGAUCCCGAUACAUGCAGUGAACAAUUCAUCGAGUCGCCGGAGUUGUUGAACGAGAGCUUGUACAACGAUAGAUCGGCGCUGGUGUGCGGUCAGUUUCUUUCCGUACAACCAUACCGGGAACGAAUUACUGAAGCCUUGCUAGAGGCGUACGAAUUGUUGCCAAACUACGUGGCAAGUCAACUGUGACUUCAAGCGUAUAACCCUCCGUCAAGACCCAUCAUGCAGCUCUUUUAACCUGUACCCAGAAACAAUUUAAGACUAUGAGCUUUAACCCAAUAAAUUGGGAGGUUUUCGUAAUCACCGCGCAUGCAUUAAUAACUGUACAAUGUAUGUUUGUUUUGUUCUUCACGUUCACUGUUCAUAUGUUAAUAUAAUU